AAUGAACGGAGCUAAACAAACGGGUUGGGCAAUCCAGCCAAGUUCAGCUGAGCCGCAGGAUACCUAACCCAGCUAUAUCUAACCUAACCCAGCUAUAUCUAACCUAACCCAGCUAUCUGUCUCUCUAUCUACCCGCUCUCCGCGCGGCGACACUCCGCGCUGCUAACAGAAGUGUUUAUAACUCAAAUUCAGCAGCUCUGUCGGCCGGUCUCUAUGUUUUAUAGACUCAAAUGUACAACUUUAGCAGCCGUCUCUCUCUCGGACUCUGGCAGUAACCAGCAGCAGGCGACCGACAACAACUGACAGUAAAGCAGCUUCACCCCGGCGGGGAAAGUCGAUACUUCCAGCACGAGAAUGAUUUUUGCGAAUUCUGGCAACCCGCUGAGAACUCCGUAUCGCAAACAGCCCCCUGUUGGCCCCUCGUCCCAGCCCAUGGCCCCACCUAGCCCCGGAACCAACAGCAGCACCAAUCAGAGCAGCAGUAGCAGCAGCACGGCAGGCUGGGAGCAGCUCAGCAAAACCAACCUGUACAUCCGGGGGUUGCCCCCGGCAACCACCGACCAUGACCUGGUCAAGCUCUGCCAGCCUUAUGGCAAAAUCGUAUCAACGAAGGCCAUCCUGGAUAAAACUACAAACAAAUGCAAAGGUUAUGGCUUUGUGGACUUUGACAGCCCUGCUGCUGCACAGAAAGCAGUCAACGCUUUAAAAACCAACGGCGUGCAGGCACAGAUGGCAAAGCAACAGGAGCAGGACCCCACUAACCUGUACAUUUCAAACCUGCCACUGACUAUGGACGAGCAGGAUCUGGAGUCUAUGCUGAAGCCCUUUGGUCAGGUGGUCUCCACACGAAUACUCCGGGACGCUAACGGGGCUAGCCGAGGAGUCGGAUUUGCCAGAAUGGAGUCCACAGAAAAAUGUGACGCUGUUAUUUCUCACUUCAAUGGAAAGUUUCUCAAGAUGCCAGCUGGAGUAAUGGCCCCUAGUGAGCCGCUGCUGUGCAAGUUUGCAGAUGGAGGGCAGAAGAAGCGACAGAGCCAAAAUAAAUACGUGCCGAACGGCCGAGCGUGGGCCAGAGAUGGAGAGGCCAGACUUGCGGGAAUGACGCUCACAUAUGACCCUACUGCUGCAGCUAUGCAGAAUGGGUUUUACCCCAGUCCCUACAGCAUUACCAACCGAUUGAUCCCGCAGACGGCCAUGUCACCAUACCUCUCCCAAGUGUCCACAUACCCGGUGCAAAAUCCAUCCUGGGUCACCCACCAGCCCUACAUUAUGCAACAUCCGGGAGCUGUAAUAUCACCCUCUAUGGAUCCCUCCAUGUCACUGCAGCCAACGUCCAUGAUGAGCCCCCUCACGCAGCAGAUGAGUCACCUCUCUCUGGGCAGCACAGGAGCGUUCAUGCCGGCUAACGCAGUGAUGCAGAGCGCGUACAUCCCUCAGUACACUCCUAUGCAGGCUUCUGCAGUGGAGGAAAACAGUCCACAGCCUCAGGUGGAGUCCUCUGGUGAUCAUUCUCCCUACACCUACCAACAAAACAAGUGAUGAAGAGGUCCCUCCGCUCUCAGGAGACAGCGAGGGGAAUCUGCUUCAACAAUCAUGCUUCCUCUGAUGGAUUAAGCUCGACCGUUCAAUCGGCGUUUGCACAGGUUCUACAAUGAGUUUUCCUCUGUUUUAAUACAACUAUUCAGACUAUUUUUGGUAUAAGUUCUAUGAGGUGCAAAUAAAAUAUUAAGUUCAUCAAAGGAUGCUAGCUAUCGACGAAGAAAAACGGGGGAAAAAAAAUAAUUUUAAAAAGUUUUAUUUUAAUAGAAAGAACGUUUAUUUUUACCAAGGAAUCAAGUCACAUGGGUACAAGAACUCAAAGGAUCAUGUGACUAGACGUGCAUGGUAGCAGAGGUGUCCAUUGUUAAUAUUUUUUUAUGAUUUCAGAUUUGUGUGUGUGUUUUUUUUCUUCUUCUUCUUCUUGCUUUUAUUUUCUUUGUACUGAACAUUUUGUUGUUUGAAGAGAUUUAUCGGCCGGACAUCCUGAGAAAGAUGUGUGUUUUUUUUUUGUGCUUGCAGUGUGAGUGUUGCUAUGGUGAAGUGUUACAUGUUUUCUCUUGUACAGUGUGUUUUGUCCUUUUGAUCUAGAAUGAUCUCUCUCUCUCUCUCUGUCUCUCUUUCUCAUACGAUUUGCCUUAAAUUCUUUCCAUACAGCUGUACAGGUAGCCUCCAGCAGAGGCUGAACCAGAGAAAGAGACAUAAAAAAAAUCAGCUAAGGCCUUGUAAAUCAGCUGAAUAGGGCUUUUCUUAGGAUCUAGCUAAUGAAAUUCGCUUUGCCUAGUUUAGGUGUUUUUGCUUUUUACUGAUCUUCAUAGAGCUUUUAGAAUAGAAAAUGUGUUGAGUGAUAAAUGGUGAUUGAGUUUAAAUACGAUGUAAUGUUUUUGUAAUCGGAGAGAUAAAGCCUCCGGUUGUUUGAAUGUGGUAGAAAUUCUGCUGAAUGAACACAUUUUUAAAUUGCCUUUUAGAUUAAAGAAGAAAAACGCUGUUGUAGUUUAGCUGAACAUGAACGUGUGGGUUGGGGGAGAGUGGUCUGACCAAGUCGUUGAGUUUUCCUUUUAAUUUUUUGUUUUGUUCUUGAGGGGUGGGGGGUUAUGUGGUCAGGCUCUCUGACAGAAUUUAAUUGUCUUUUUAAAAGUAUGCUUAUGAUUUCUUUCAGUUUUGAUGUUUUGAUGCAGACAGACGUGUUUUGUGAUUGUGUACAGAUGAAUUCAACUUUUAGCGGGAGUUCAGUGGAGGUUUCUAGAUGAGAUUGAUUUUUCUGCAGAUUUUCGUUUGUCUAGCUCUUUUUUUUUAACUAGGAAGCAAACAGAACUUGGCACUUUCAAUCAAAAGUUUACUUCACCAAAGACAGUGAGCUAGAAAACCGAUAUAAAGAAACGGAUACGAUAAUAUCAUCAUCUUCUCCCUGGGCAGGAUACAAUUCUAAGACUUUUUACUGGACUAGACUGCAAUUUCGAGAAUGUGCCUUUUUUGUAUAUAUGCAUCCAGCUGUCUUUAGUUGUUGUCAAGGUUUGGACACGUGCAUGAAGGAAGAUUCUGAUCCAACAAGUGCCACAAACAUCACUACAGAGCACACGAAACUGAAAUACGAAACUAGAACACGCAAAAAGGAGACGUUUGAAACUAUGAACUGAGCAGCACAGUGAUAUAUCUCUGCUAGGGUAAUUUUCAGCAUCUUUUUCUUUAUUAUUGUUUUUGUUUUCUUUUAAAAUCACAAUAGGCUUUAAUUUAGGCUUUAUUAGGUUGUCUUCCAACAGACUGUGUUUUGAACUGGUGGUCCUAUCGACCAAUUAUCUACCUCAGAGUUGCGUUCUCCUCUGUUUUGAUUGGCCGGGCUAGCAGGUUCAGCCCGCCCCCUCCAGACCAAACGGCUAGCUCUGGAGCUGCCCGCAUAUACACACUUGUUUUCUUUCAGGUUGUUUUUAAAAAUACUUUUGAUUUUAUUUCCUUCAAAACCAAUUUUUUAAAUGACGUUAUUGUAAGGAUAGAUGUGCGUUGAACGUGAUUUAGUCUUGUCUAGGCAUUCAGUUUCAUAGUUUCAAAAGCAAAACACUGCUGCUUUAAUCACAGGAUGUUCCGAUAGUCGACAAAAGACAGAAGGAGAGAAAUAAAGAGAAAGAGAAAAAUCCAAACUGAAAGUUGUGGUAUUUCUAGGAUCUGUGUUCCUGAGACAUCGCUACUGUUCAGUCCCAGUCCAGACUUUCAGCAGCACAAACCUUGCAGCUCUGCUCUGCUCUGCUGUGUGCGUAUGUGUGUGUGUGUGUGUGUGUGUGUGUGAUGUCUGAGACUGUAUGAUAGAUUUCAUGUGUGGGCAGAGUUUGAAGCAUGCUUGAGGUGUGUAUGUUCAUGUGUGUGAGUGUGUGUGAAUGAGUGGGUGGGCAGAGAUUGAAGGAUCCUUGACGUUUGUGUGUGUUGCGAGUGUGAGGCUGGAGACUGAAGAAUGCAUGAGCACGAGUCUUGUGUGGGCAACGCUGCUAGUAACACCUGAACCAAGUGCCAAUGUAUAGCUGGAUGAAAGAGAGGGAGAUGGAUAGAAUCGCUCAUGAACAUGAAACAUCGCAUACUAGACAGCCAUUAAGUUAUGAAAAAAAGUAAUAAUUUAUGAACAGAGAAGUUUUGUACAGACUGUUUGAAGAAAUAAAAAAAAAAGUUUUUCAUAGAGAUAUCUAUAUGAGAGUUAUUUUUAUUUUGUUUGUUUGUUUUACAUGUGCCACAAACUUGCCUGUGGUAAUUUGUCCGGUUAAAGAGAGACCUUCCUCUGUAUUUCUUUUUUUUUUCUGUGGUGUUUGUCAAAGCCAAAAAAACUUAUUUUUUUCAUUAGAUUGUUCCUUAAGCUUUAUUUCUGUUCAUUUCUUUGAAUUUUUUGAAUAAAAACUUAAAUUUG